AUGAAUAAAAUGGGGCCAGGAAUUAUCGGCUCGUCCCACAGCGAAGCGUAUGUUCGAGCCAUGUACGCCGCUAGCGCCGAGAGGUACGUACGUUGGAGGCUACUACCGCAGGUAUCUUUAGAAUAA